AUGGCGAUCGAGGAUUCGAAGAAGCGCAAAGCGGAAGGAAAGGAUGGCAACGGCGCGUCAGGCUCGGCUCGUCACCACACCAGAUCAUCAAGGAGAAGGGGGACGGGUCGCUCGCGCGGCUUCGGCUUCGUCACCUACCGCUCGCUGCGCGGCGCCAUUCGCGCCUUGGAGGAGCCCUCCAAGCUCGUCGACGGACGAAUGGUCGUGUGCCAGCUGGCGACGCUCGGCCCGGGCGGCGGCUCGGCGAGUGCUGACGUGGCGGCACGUAAGAUCUUCGUCGGGAACGUCCACGUGGAGCUGUCGUCAGAGCAGCUGCUGUCGUUCUUCUCACAGUACGGAGAUAUCGAGGAGGGCCCGAUCGGAUUCGAUAAGAGCACCAGGAAGAGCCGCGGGUACGCGAUCUUCGUUUUUAAGACCGCGGAAGGUGCGCAGAAUGUUCUGCAGGAGCCGAAUAAGAUCAUUCACGGGCAUCAGGUGUUUUGCAAGCUCGCCGGGGAAAACAGAGGCAAGCAGCAGCAACAGCAGCAGCAGCAGCAGCCGGGGCUAAUGAUGCUACCGGGGGUAGUAUCGGAGGCGGAGCAGCAGCAGGGGUAUCCGCAGAUGGUGUUUUAUGGGGGGGACGCGCAAGCCGCCGCUUACGCCGCCGCGUACGCGCAGCAGGCGCAGGCGCAGCAGUUCCAGGCGGUUCCGCAGCAGCAGCAGGUGUACCAGGUGGCGGACGUGUACGCGCAACAGGCGCAGGCGCAAGCACAGGCGCAGGCGCAGGCACAAGCGCAGGCGCAGGCGCAGGCGCAGGCACAAGCGCAGGCGCAGGCGCAGGCGCAGGCGCAGGGGCAAGUUGCGCUGCAAGCUCAGUACUACCAGCAAGCGCCCGUCGCCGCAGCUUAUCAGCAGCCCGUAGCUGGUUACCAACAACAGGCCGCAGCUGGUUACCAGCAACAGGCCGCGGCUGGUUACCAGCAGCCCGCAGUUGCAGCCUGCGCCUGCUGCGCCCUCCCCCCAGGGUUACCCCGCGCAAGCGGCGCCCGCGCAGGGCUACUAUGCGGCGCAGGGGGCAGUGCCUGCGCAGGGCGGAUACGUGCAAGCGGGGGUUGCGCCACAAGGGGGGGUUUACUACCCGCUGCAGGCACAGGCGCAGGGGCAGGCUCAGGGGCAGAUGCAGGGGCAGAUGCAGGGGCAGAUGCAGGGGCAGGCGCAGCUACAGGGGCAGCAGCAGGGAGGGAAAGGCGGCGUUGGGGAAGCUCCCCCCAGCCUGGCGCAGCAGCAGCUGGAGGGGCUGCGGGGCGGCCUGGUUACCCGGUAACACCGCAGCUGCAGGUCCAACAGCAGCAGCAACAGCAGCAGCAACAGCAGCAGCAGCAGCAGGGGGCAGGGCAGCAGCAGCAGGGGGUGGUGUAUGCAGGGUACUAUGGCGCACAGUAG